ACCCAACUGAUCAGUCAGUCAACGUGUACUAGCAAAAGUCCUGCAAAUAAAUUUAUUGAAACAUUGCCAUUCAUAAAAAAAACCAUAUAGAGGGCAGUCUUCUUGUAUCCUCUAAAAAAUUCAGAAGUAGAAAAUAACACUUACAAGUGAGAGAUAUGGCACAGGAUGCUGUCUGCUUUCUACUUGAUAAGCUUCAAAUUUGGCUGGAGGCAGAAUGGAAGUUGCCGGGAAAGAUAAGCACGGAGGUCGACAUCUUGAGAGGUGAAUUCGAAAGCAUUAGUGCACUUCUGAAGGAUGCCGAUACCGAAAGAGAGCACAAUAGCCAAGUCACUGACUGGCUUCAAAAACUUCGAGAUGGAACUUAUGACAUCGAGGAUCUUCUCGACAUUUUUACGUUUCACAUGGUUCAACAGUCUAUUAGCCACGGCUUUGAGUUCGUCACCAAAUGGAGAGCACGCCACCACAUCGAUGAACUAAUUGAAGGUAUUAACAUGAAACUCAAAAGCAUCAAAGAAGCAAAGGAGAGAUAUCAUAAUAGCAUCAGUCCGUCCCAAGCCUCAAGUUUGACGACUGGAAACGACACAUGCCUUCCUCCAAGAAUAGAUCCUCUGUUCGCUGAAGACACUGAUAUUGUGGGGAUUGAAAUACCAAAGAAGAAACUGAUUACUUGGGCACUAAAAGGGAGGCAAAGUCUCAAGGUGGUGUUUGUAGUCGGGAUGGGAGGAUUGGGUAAAACAACUAUUGUUAAGCAAGCGUAUGAGAUGGUGAAGAAUGAAGGAUUUGAAUGCCAUGCUUGGAUCACUGUUGGAAGGUCAAUAAAUAAAAUGGAUCUCUUAACGAUGAUGUUCAAUAAAUUCUGCAAUCUGCCGGUCGAGCCAACUUCCCAGAGUUCCUCUUCCUUCAACUUGGUCGAGCUGAUGAAUAAACUAAGGGAUCAUCUGCAAAACAAAAGGUAUGUUUUAGUUCUUGAUGAUUUGUGGAAAAAAGAUGUUUGGGAAUCCAUUAGAAAGGCACUACCUGAGGGUAAUCACAGUAGAAUAAUUAUCACUACACGAAGAGGCGAUAUAGCUUUUUCAUGUAGAGAUAACUCUACUGAUGUCUAUAACAUCCAGUCUCUUCCUACGGAAAAGGCUAAACAACUCUUCCACAAGAACGCUUUCCCAGAUGGCAUAUGUCCUUCACGGUUGGAAGGCUGGUCCCAAAGAAUCUUAACAAAAUGCGAAGGAUUGCCACUUGCAAUCAUUGAAAUCGGUAAAAUUCUGUAUAGAGAGAACUCUGCAUCUGCAUGGCAAAAAUUGCUUGGAAGCCUUGGAUCAGAGUUGAGCAGAAAUGGCAGCCUUUCAGAUACCAUGAGAAUACUAUCUCUAAGUUACAGUGACUUGCCAUACCAUCUCAAGUAUUGUUUUCUAUACUUGACCAUUUUCCCCGAGAAUGAUUAUCCAGUUAGGUGCAGAGUAUUGAUUCGGCUGUGGAUAGCAGAGGGUUUUAUAAGAGAACAAACAGGCAAAGAAGUUGAAGACAUUGGAGAGGAGUAUCUAAAGGAACUCACCGACAGGAAUCUGAUACAAAGUGAAUUGGAUUUUGAUGGGAGGCCAAAAACUUGUCGGGUACAUAAUCUCAUGCAUAAGAUUAUUCUCUCAAAGUCAAGAGAGGAGAAUUUUUGCAAUGUUUUUUCAGAAUCACAGAGAAACAUAGGUGACAAACCCCGUCGAUUAUCUAUGCAAAGCCAUGGAUUCAACAAGUUGGAUGGGAACUUUAAGAGUGUUCGCACCCUUUUUGUGUUCGGUGUACCCUACAGCUCAAUUCGAGACUUGAAAUUAUUGAGAGUUCUGCAUCUGGAAGGUGCAUCAUUGGAGAUCUUUCCUAAGGAAAUUGUGGGUUUACUGCUCUUGAAGUAUCUGUGUUUGAGGAAUAACAAUAUCAAAAUCAUUCCCGAGUCUCUGGGGAAUCUUAGGUACCUAGAGACCUUGGAUCUUAGGCAAACUAGAGUGGUAAAGCUGCCCAAAAAAGUCCUCGAACUUAAGAAACUUCGGCAUUUGCUUGUUUAUUAUACAACUUCUGAUUGUGUUACAGGAUUCGAGAUAUCAGCAGAGAUCCAGACACCUAGCUUGCAGAAGCUAUCAUUCAUAAAGGCAAAUAGCCAUCACAAGGUGAUUCAUUGGCUAAGAAAUCUGACACAACUAAGAAAGUUAGGGAUCAUUGAUCUUCCAAGAGAAGAUGGGUCAAAUUUGUGCCAGUCAAUUGAAAAGCUGCAAAACCUCCUUUCCUUGAAUGUAACAUCAUUAAAAAAGGAUGAGGUUGUAGAUCUACAAGCAAUUACCAAUCCUCCACCAUUUCUUCAACGCCUGAAUCUGAAAGGGCGGUUAGAAAGGUUACCAAUUUGGAUUACCAGACUUCAUGACCUGGUAAGGAUACGUCUUAAGUGGUCCAAGUUAACACACUACAAUAACCCCAUUGAUAUCCUUCAAGAUCUUCCUAAUCUAUUGGAGCUCCAGCUGCUCGAUGCCUGUAGUGGAAACCAGUUAGAUUUCACAGCCAGAAAAUUUCAGACUCUUAAGAUCUUGGAACUCGAGCAACUGGAACCAUUGAGAAAGGUCAGAAUGGAAGAGACUACCUUACCUUAUCUCCAAAAGCUGAUUAUAAGGCAGUGCAAUAACCUGCAGCAGGUUCCAGAGGGUAUUAGAAACCUCACUCGCCUCAAAGAGCUUCACUUGUACGAUAUGCCCUACAGAUUUGUGGCUCAGAUCAAGAAUGGUGGAACAUUGCGUCAUCUGGUUCGCCAUAUCCCAAACAUCAAUUGUUAUUACCUAGAGACAAAAUGGGUGGCAGACGAUCUCAAUCUCAUUGAUACAUAGUCCGACGCUACGAUGGGAGCACAUACACAGUAAUCAGGGUAAGGAUUCAUGCAAUGGCUGUUUUAUAUCAAAGUAAGUCUUAUCCUCUUCACAAACUCGGUGCUUAGUUUGAUUAACCAUUUUUAUUCCACAGGAUGUAGUGAGAAAAAAGCAAAAGGUGAUUGAGGCAAAGAUGGGUGUGACGUGCUUUCAUAAAACUAAGAUGACGCCAAUAAAUCAGAAAACAUGGACAACAGGUAAAUGAAAAGUUGUGGCACCAUUCAAUGAUGUAGAAGAUCUAGCUAAUAAAUAUUACAAGAUAUUUCAUUGUUGAACUUCUUAAGUUUACUGUAUUUGGGUUACGAAGGACUGUAAUUGAUUUGGGUUUGGAGAUCUCGUUCUUCUUUGGUAAGCGGUUUGGAGUCUUUUUUGUGUAGACUGAUUGUUCAUUUUGGAUGAUGCAUUGAUCAAAGUUAUUUUCAUCAAAAGCAUAAUUAUAUGUCUUUUUCUUUUUCUUUUUUUUUUUUCUUUUUUUUUUUUUUUUUUUAAUGGAUUUUAUUAUCCUAGUUCAGUGACUUCGUUAUUAGUUUAACCAUAGAGAUAGCAGUACAUAGAUAUUAAAUUUUCUGUAUUACUAACAAUGGUUAUUGUAACGUUUCCGAUUUUCAGCAAUUUUUAAUUUUCGGAAAUUUUGUUGAUGCAAGGGUGAUUCUGUCUUUUCACAUGCUGCGUACGGGAUUGCGAUUGGGUCCAUUUGCAUUUUGUAUAAUUUAACUUAUUUGGUUGUGUGACAUUUAUGUGAUGAUGUUUAGUCAUGUGUAUGUGGCGUGGGAUUAAAAAACAAAAGAAAAAGAGAAAAUAAAAAAAAAUUGUGGGAUCCACCACUUCCAUCCAAUGUGGUCUCUAGACCACAUUUUGUCUCUCACAUUCCUCACUCCCGUAACUCUCUCUCACACUUUUCUCAUCUUGCAUUUUUUUUUUCUUUUUCAACCAAAUCUUUGGAACAAGAUUUCUCUCUCAAUACUUGGUGAAUUAAGGUGUCGUUUGAGGCAAAACGGAGAGCACGACGAGCUCUACGUGUGAGUACCAUCAAUUUCAGUUUUUGGCCUUCCUUUGGACUUCGAAUUUAGAGACCCAUUUCAAGGGUUUUGCUCAAUCUAGAGACACGGAAAAGAAAUAGCGGACGACAAUCCACCAUUGCCUUAGCUUGGAGUAGAAAAAUGUUUCUUUUUGCUAUCUUUUGUAAUUGGGCCUAAUUUUGUAAAAGUGAUGACUUAAAAUGUAUUAUUUUGUAGCAUGUGAGGUAUUUAGGUCCAUUUUGCGUAUGGCCAUUGGAGAAAUGUAAUUAUGUUUAAUUACACUAAAUUAUUUAGUGUAUUUUAUAUAGCAUAUUGUAAAUUAUGUUAAUUGUUGUUAAUGUAUU